GACAUAUAGACACACAUAUAUAAACAUAUAUUUAUAAUGCAAGAAGAGGCACGACUAAAAUAUAAAAAGAGUAUUAAAAAAAUCAAUAGUGCCCAUUAAUAUAUACAUCUGUGUGUAUUAAUUAGCUUAAAGUAUGUUUGUUUGUGAAUUGGAUCAAUGAAUCGCGCCAAUAGAUUUGUCAAUUCUCUGUGGUCAAUGUCAAUGGUCAGUGGCCCAUUAGCUGCUGUCAUACAUAUAUAUAUAUAUAUAUAUAAUAUGUGUGUGUGUGUGUAUAAUAUGUCAUAAAUAGCAGUUUACAUCGUUAGACUUUAGCCUCAAAAAUGAAAAGAGUGGCUGAAGAUAUGCUAGCAAAAUUAGAAAUAAAUUAUCAAUAAAACGUCUCUAUUACUCGUCGACAGAGAGAGAGAAACAAAGAAAAACGAACUGUAAUUGUAUUGUGCUACAGGUUAAAUUUGGGUUAUAGAAAAAGAGGAGAAUUAUAUGUACCUUCAUACAUUCGAAAUGACAUUACCUGGCAUCGGAGUGUUUGGCACAGGAAGUAUCGUUAGGAUCAUUAUACCUUUUUUGAGAGAAAAGGGCUUCAGGAUUGAAGCUAUAUGGGGUCGCACAGUGGCAGAAGCUUCGAAAGUGGCAAUCGACCUCGAAAUACCAUUUCAUACCAGUCGCAUAGACGAUGUUCUUUUAAGGAAGGAUGUAGAUCUGAUCUUUAUCAUGUGCUCGCCGAGCUUGCAUUCACAAAUAGCUGUUAAAGCCCUAGGUAUAGGGAAACAUGUUGUAUGCGAUAAACCAGCAGGCUUGAGCCAAAGAGAGGCCUUGAAAAUGGUACGAGCUGCACAAUAUUAUCCCUCGCUGAUCAGCAUAGUUAAUCACAGUUUAAGAUUUUUGCCUGCCUUUGUACAUAUGAAGAAGGCACUAGAAGAUGGAUAUUUGGCUGGACCUGUAACAGUUAUAGAAGUAAGAAUACAUAUGGGAAGUUUAUUACACAAAGGAUAUGAUUGGCUAUGUGAUGAUACAAUGGGUGGAGGAAUCUUGGCAUUAGUGGGCAGUCAUGUUAUUGAUUUGAUCUUUCAUUUAAUGGGUCAACGAGCUUCAAAAGUGCAUGCUGUUGUCAGAACAUUUACUCAAACAACCAAAUACAUUAAUGGGAUCAGGCAUAUCACAUCGCCGGAUUUCUGCAGUUUUCAAAUGGAGUUAAGCAAUGGUACCUUAGUAACAGCUACUCUGAGUAAUCACUUGCAAGGUCAGCUUUCCCAAGAAGUAUUGAUAUGUGGCGGUGGAAAUCAUUUGGUUGUGCGUGGCGGAGAUUUAUAUGGAUGUCGCAAUGGACAAGAGGAGAUCUUGUAUCGUGAUACGGAAGAUUUACAAGGGAUAUCAUUGCCAAUUGCUGACUCUAUUCCAAGGCCUUAUAUCAAAGGACUUCGAAAAAUGAUCGCGGCAUUAAGAGAAGCCUUCCAAUCUGUGGAAGAUAAAAGAGGUUGGAUUAAAGAGCCAGUAUUUUCUGCUUCUACAUUUGAAGAUGGUCUGUAUGUGCAAGCAGUUAUUGAUGCACUACGACAAAGUAAUAAACAGCGUGAAUGGGCCAAAGUUAACAUCUUGACAGAAGAACCAGAUCCAAAUCCUUUAUUGAGCGCUGCUGUCAGAGCUACAGCUAUUUCGAUAUAAAAGACUGAUUUGCUAAAAUUUAUGUUUACUAAUUAAAAGAUCUGCUAUGGUAUAUAUUUUAAAGACUAUAUUGAUAAAUCAAUUGCAUAAAAUAAUAUUUAAGGCAGCUACAUCACAUCAACUUUUAUUUUUCUAUCAUGUUAUGAUUAGCUAGGUAAUAAUGUCAUUUAUUUCUGCAAAAAAAAAAUCAUUAAUAUACAUAUAUGGUUGUCUAUUGUACAUAUAUAGAUAUACAUGAAAGUAUUUGUGUUGAUAAAUACUGUGGUUGUGCUUAUAUAAAAUGUUAAAUAUAUUAAUUUAAAUGUCGGAU